UGAAUGUGAGCGGGAGCUGACUCGGAGCUGGAGCCGCUGAGUGCAGAGAGCCCGGAGCCGGGGCGGCGAGCGUCGCGAGGAGAACCGGGGAGUCAGUGGUCGAGGGCAGCUGCAGCCCAGAGUGCUGUCGCGGCGAUGGCCGUGGCGGUGGGGAGACCCAACAAUGAAGACCUUCGAAACUUAUCUCUCUCUGGUCAUGUUGGAUUUGACAGUCUUCCUGACCAAUUGGUCAACAAGUCCACAUCCCAAGGGUUCUGCUUUAAUAUCCUCUGUGUUGGUGAGACGGGCAUUGGUAAGUCAACCUUAAUGGAUACAUUAUUCAACACCAAGUUUGAAAGUGACCCAGCUACUCACAAUGAGCCAGGAGUCCGGUUAAAAGCCAGGAGUUACGAGCUUCAGGAGAGCAAUGUCCGUCUGAAACUGACCAUCGUUGAUACUGUAGGAUUUGGAGACCAGAUAAACAAAGAUGACAGCUAUAAACCAAUAGUAGAAUAUAUUGAUGCACAAUUUGAAGCUUACCUGCAAGAGGAAUUGAAGAUCAAGCGUUCUCUGUUCAAUUACCAUGAUACCCGGAUCCACGCUUGCCUUUACUUCAUUGCCCCCACUGGACAUUCUCUGAAGUCCCUCGACCUUGUUACCAUGAAGAAACUGGACAGCAAGGUGAACAUCAUCCCCAUCAUAGCAAAAGCAGAUACCAUUGCCAAAAAUGAGCUGCACAAAUUCAAGAGUAAAAUCAUGAGUGAACUUGUCAGUAAUGGUGUUCAGAUAUACCAGUUCCCUACAGAUGAAGAGACGGUGGCAGAGAUUAAUGCAACAAUGAGUGUCCAUCUUCCAUUUGCUGUGGUUGGAAGUACUGAAGAAGUAAAGAUUGGAAAUAAGAUGGCAAAGGCCAGGCAGUACCCUUGGGGUGUGGUGCAAGUUGAGAAUGAAAACCACUGUGACUUUGUAAAACUCCGGGAGAUGCUGAUCCGAGUAAACAUGGAGGAUUUGAGAGAACAAACUCAUACCCGUCACUAUGAAUUGUAUCGACGUUGUAAGCUAGAAGAAAUGGGAUUCAAAGACACAGAUCCUGAUAGCAAACCCUUCAGCCUUCAAGAGACAUAUGAAGCAAAGAGAAACGAGUUCUUGGGAGAACUUCAGAAGAAAGAGGAGGAAAUGAGACAAAUGUUUGUCAUGAGGGUGAAAGAAAAAGAAGCUGAACUUAAAGAAGCAGAAAAAGAUCUUCAUGAAAAGUUUGACCUUCUAAAGCGGACGCAUCAGGAAGAGAAAAAGAAAGUGGAAGACAAAAAGAAGGAGCUUGAGGAGGAGGUCAACAACUUUCAGAAGAAGAAAGCAGCAGCUCAGCUCUUACAGUCGCAGGCGCAGCAGGCUGGUGCCCAACAAACCAAGAAAGACAAAGACAAGAAAAAUAGUCCUUGGCUCUGCACGGAAUAAAUGAUACCCUCAAAUCUAAUUGGAUGUACUUUCACCUCUGCAUCUUCUUCUUUAUGUAAUCAUCAUGUUGACAAGCCCUACUCUCUCCUAAUGGACAGUAGCGCAUUAGAAGAGCAGGAGUUUAUGUACACACCUGUUGGGGAAGAGUUACCUCAUUUCCACCAUCGCCUUUCCUUUUAUACUGUGGGUCAAAUAUCGCACUGCUGUGUCUAUUUGUCAGUGUCUGCUUGCACAUCACUGGUUACAGUGUGAACUCAACUAAAUUAUCACCUCCAAAACAAAAAUUAAAGAAAGUCAAGUGGAAUACAACUUGGGUCAAGAACCACAGUAUCACAGUGAAAUAUUCAUUAAACUGUAAAAUGCAUAGAAUUGUUAAUCUGAUAACCAGAGGCUUAUAGACUGGGGGCAGUGGACCCAAAUGAGAAGCGGCCACAGACCAGUAAUAUCCCUACAAAGUGAAAGCUAAUUCUCACUUUAGACCUGAGAGCAAUCAUCAUACCCAGGACUCUCAGUGAUCAGGUGCUUAAAUGGGAAGCUUUCUUUUUUCUUUUGUUAGUUUUGGGGGUGGCUUUGUGUUUGGUUUGGGGUUUUUAAAACUGAUAAAAUAUUGCAUGAAUAGAGGUGCAUUUUCUAUACAAAGUAUUGUAUUGACAAAAUUUUAUUUUUCCUCUAACGUUCUAAGAGAGUGAAAUGGGCAUCUUUCUUGUACAUUCAAGACCCACUGAUUGCUAUUUGAUUUAGAAUAUUUUUAUGUUACCUGGAACCCUGUAAUAAGUUUUUUGGGUGUUUUUUUUCCCUUUAACUUCAAGUAAGCCACGUAUGACUUCACAAACAUGAUGUUCAAGUGUAGGUCUGGUAUUUUUACAUUCAACAUUACUAAGUGAAGAAUGAGUGCCAAAAGUUUUUAAGAUGGGUAUGAUCUAUUUGUAUCCGUUCCUUAUUCUGCCAGUUAUCAUAGAGCCUUUGUGUUAAUGGAUCACCACAGCUAGUAAACUGCGACCUACUGUCACCUGGUCAGUCCAUUUUUCCUUCUGGUUCCAAAGGAGCAAUCACCUAAGAGCCCACGUCAGGCUAUCCGGCUGAAAAGCUCUCAUCCCCACUCCUGAGGCCCCCUUCUUGAUGGGUACCCCUACUUUCAUGGGUAGGCCUCUCACCUCCAUCUUCUUAUGAGGUAGAUCACAUUGCUUCCUCUGUGGGAUUCGGUUCACCUUUUGCUGAAAAAGCCACACCAUAGUUUUCUAGCAUUUUGUUUCCUUCAUUAGGAUUCUUAAAUGAAUUUAAAUUUAAAUUCUUAAACCCUGGUUUCUUUAAGGGUACUUCUGGAUUCUCUAUGUGAAGAAUGGCACUUCUAUUAUCUGGGUUCUAUAAGAACAUUCCAAAAUUUCUUCUUGCUAAGUCUAUAAAGAUGGACAAACUUAGUGCAGGAUGCCAAAGCAUAGAGUGGAUAGUUAAAUGUGUAGCUGAUUUUACAUAAAAUUAACUGUAACAAACUAUUUAUUUAAACCCACUGACUUUUAAACAGUGCUAUGUUUGGGAUAGAACAGACUCAUGCCCUGGUAGCUGUAGGAAAAUUCCUAUUUUAAGUUGUCAGCUAACUAAAGCCUUUGACCUUCAUAUCACGUUAAGUUCUUCACAGAUGUAUCCAUUCAUCUCAUGAUUUUUUUUAAUAUUGCCUCAUUCCUACUUUAUUAAUAGUCGGCAUCCCCAUGCUCUUCAAUAGCAUGAGAAUUUAAGUUGGAGUCCUUUCACUUACCACUCAGAAGGAGCCUCAAGUUAAAUCCUACAAAGGAAUAAGGAAGAAUGUGCCUUUUCACUUUCAUUUUUAAGUUGGUUCUCUUAUCUUCCACACCAUUUGAGUCCCUGAAUGAUUACUCAGAACAAUUAAAUGAGCAUACUGAAAAGUCUUACCUUUAUAUACCUUGAUUUUUUUUUUAAAUAAAUAGGUCCAUCUGAGUUAGAAAAUUUCUUGUCAUCAUAAUGGCACAAGCUCCAUUUGUCUAUAAUAAUCUAUUUUUCAAAUCAAAGUCUCCCUGAUGGGAUAAGAAAGUUGGCUGAAAGAGGAAUUUAUUGGUUAAGGCCAGAGCCUAAUAAAGCUUCAGUUCAUAAAGUAACAAAUCCAUGUAUGUGAAAUACCAUACUCCCCGUGAUACUUUGGUUAGCCUAGCUUCACUUUAAGACACACAAGUUCCCUUAUUUGUUUCAAAACCUCUACAGAAAAUGUGACUCUCCAAGAAGUUAUUUUCACAAAAUUUAUUAAGCUCCUAUUAUUCAAGUAUCAUACACCCAUCAUCCAUUCCUGUUACUGACUAUACACAUACACAAAUUAAGCCAUCUUUCAUGACUAUGAGGGGCUCCAUGAUACUUAAUAAUACCAAUGGUAUUUAUUAUUCGACUGAAACUGGUAUAAACCCAAAACAGGUUCUACUGGUAAAUACACUACAGUGUAUUGUUAGGGGAAAAACCUUGCAGGUAUUUAUAUAUGAGUUCCCAAGUUAAAACUGCUGAAUAUCCAGCAUACAAUUAAAAGGAUUUUUGCUAAUAAUCAUUCAUCAAAAUGUAUAGAUUGAUUGCUCCUGAACUGACAUACACACUGAAAUAAGAGUAUCUUUUCUUUUAUACACGGAGUUGAAGCAGCUGAGAUCAUAAUUACUCCAAAGCCAGGUUUGCCUAAAAGGAUAUAUAUUUUUCAAGUUUGAUCAGUUUUAACAUCCAUGAAAAAUUACAUUGGCUCUCUCAAUCAUUUCUCUAUGUCUACCAUAUUAUUGGCUCACUGUGGGCAAAACUGUUAAGUAUUUUAAAAAUUAAGUGCAAAGUCAAUUUACAGAGUGUCCUCUGAAACUUUUGUUUCCAUCAUAUGUUCACCUAAUGAAUGUCAACUCUCUCCAAUUAGACUGGCCCUGAUGCUUGUUCCCCUCUAACAUCCUAUCUGAAUUCUUCACCACAGUGUCCACGCCUCUUUCUUGUUAAGACUUUUGGACUCAAAUGAACUCUUAGGCAAUGAGGUGGUGAGAAUGACAUCUUUACUAGAAUCCCUUAUGUUAAAUUAGCAUGAUUUAAAUAAAUCACUUGAGAUCACUUUCUGAUGAGAAGUAAAGACAUGUAGGUAGCUCAGUGGAGAACACCACCAGGGCUGGAGUCAGAAGACCCAAGUUCAAAUCCAGCUUUAGACACUAGCUAUGUGAGUCUGGGUAAGUCACUUAACCCUUUUUGCCUCAGUUUCCUCAUCUGUAAAAUGAGCUGGAGAAGGAAAUGACAAACCACUCCAGUAUCUUUGCCAAGAAAACUUGAAAUGAGGUCUCUCAGUGUCAGACAUGACUGAAACAAAUGAAAAACAAAACAAAACAAAAAACUAAUGAAAAGUGGUCAACUGUUGAUUCUUUAAUGGAAUCUCCUUUGAGAUAAAAGUAAAACUAACUUAACUUGGAACAAAUUCUAUUUGAAUUUGAAUGCUGGUGGUACACUGAAGUUUUUGAUCCCACUGUAUUAUUUUCAGUUCUCAAAUUAGGCAUCUAUUCAGAAUUAUUCUCACCUGGAAAGCAAGAGGGAAGUCGCUGCACACUGAAAUAUCUUACUUUUUGCCCAAAUGUUGUGGAUAGACACUGCAAAUGGUAAAAUGUAAUAAUAUAAGAAAGAGAAUACAUUAUGGUUGUGUUAACUGUAUUCAAAAACCUUCCCCUCCUCACCAUUUUGCUUUUUAGAUUUUCAGGGCUUUCACUGGAAUUUUCUAAUUGAAGAACCUAAAAGAAUCUUACAAGUGCUCAUUCUUGUCCUCCUGAAACAUAGGAAAUUAGCUACUUAAUCCUUUUAUGUGCCAUAAAAUGCAUUUUUAAAGAACAGGAUUCAACACUAGGAAUGAUUAGCCUCCACAUGAAUCUUUUUACUUCUAGGGACAACUAUGUUGGACAAUAUUGAAAUAUAUAUGUGUGUGUGUGUGUUUUAUAUAUACAUAUAAAACACACACACACACAUUUAAAAUCCAACCGUUAAACAGAAUGGGCUGGUUUAAUGACAGGCGUUGAUAAGCAAAACAAGCCUCUUGAGAGAUGAGAAAUUAUGUAAGCAAACAAGAUCUGCUUCUAAAAAAUUAAGUUCCAAAAACAAUAAAUGGAACAGCAAUGCAAGAAAUUUGAGGCUUAUCCAGAAUGCUUUGCCAUUUCCUCUCAACAAUCCCUUCUAUCCCCUUUUAGUCUAAUUUAACAUUUCUUCUAAAACCUGAGUAGUCGGGCAUUUAUCCUAGUGCCAGAGGAAUUCGAUUUUAAGGGUCAAGAGUUGAGGACAAUCUAUAGCUUUGUAUUUCCAUUUUCGGGUGUGGAGAGGAAGGAAACAAGUAUUUUGUUUUCCACUGUCAUAAAUAAGGGGAAUAGCAACAUUAAAGAUGAUCACUUUUAGUGUUCUUCUCCUCCCUUUCUUGGAAGAUGAUAGGAAACCAAAAUUUGUUUUUCCUCCUUCCAUAACAUCUUCUAGUAAAUUGUCCCAAGAACCUUUACUGACUUGUUUUGUUUAGGAAAGGUCAAGAGAGAGGAGGGAGAAGAGGAUGCUUCAGAAAUACCCCUUACACUGGGUUUCUCUAGCUUGCACACAAAUGAUCAAAUCAUCUUAAUAAACACUGUGGUCAGAAAUAUCACAACAAAAGAGACUAAACAAGUCUAGGGGACCAAAUAAAGGUUUCAGUUGAGAAUGUACUGAAAUUAAUGUUAUACAUCUCCCUAUAUCCAUGGGUAUUGCUUCAUCUUUUGUUUGAGGUCACUUCAAAAUAAAAUAAGGAUUACUUUGUUGGACUACACAA